AUGUGCCUUGUCUGCGCUGUCUGCUGCGAGCCCUUCAUCAAGGCCACCACGCUGGGCUGUUCGCACACCUUCUGCGAGGAGUGCGUACGGCGGACGUCUCGCCAGACCGACACCUGCCCGCUUUGCCGCGCUCCCAUUGCCACCUCGAUCCGCUCGCUGGUCAUCGACGACGCCGUGGACGAGUGGGUGGACGGGCUGGACGAGGCGUCGCAGCGCGCUGCGCGCCAGCUGGUGGCCGAGCGACGCCGCGCAGGAGCGCAGACCAUGCCGACCGCAGCCGGCCGCCCAGCCAACCAGCGCGCGCGCGGCAGGACCGUCACCACCGUGGUCACCUAUGAGUGA